AGUUGCGACAAGGUCGACAAUAGCAUCCUGCCUUGAACAACAGAAAGACCAGAGGUGAACGGGAUUAAGUCCAGUGGCUCCGAGCGAGCGAAAGUAGCCGGGGAAUUUUGGAUUUACUGCCGUCGAAGAAGAAGAAGGAGGAGAGUGGCUGAAAGUUUCGAGCCUCAUGUUCCGAGGGAGCUAACGAGCUAUCCUUUACUACUAACGUUACCGCUCUGUGCAAGUCUGGCUUGCGAUUUUACAGACCAGGCAGAGGAGCGUGUUCUUUCCUGUAAAUAGGAAGCCAGUUGUGUGUUUGUCACGGGGCGACUGUCGGACUUACAUACUUAAUCCAGUUAGUUUUGCGGGCCAUAACGUAGCUUUUUUCCACACGGUUUUCACGUUCUUUGGUGUUUUUUGCCAUGUCAGCGCCAUCCUCCGCGCCUUCCGCCCCGACAGAGAGCGCCGCAACGGAAAAUGAUUGUCUAGCCCCGGAUGCAGGGCUGAGGCCACCCGGUCCGACGCCCAGCCAGAGCCGAUUUCAGGUGGACCUUGUGGCUGAGGCAGCGGGCGCCAGCGAAGAUAAGUCCUCGAGCUCCGACGCCUCCACCACUGUCCCAUCCAGCCAUAAGGCCACUCCUGCCGCUCCUCCAGGUGGUCCGGGUGCUGAUCCAGGGGUCGGCGGAGAGGAAGCCAAAGGCCGGUUUCGGGUGGUGAACUUUGCGGAUCCGAGCGCAGCAGGGAGCGCGGCCUCUCCGGAGGCAGCGCCGGCUGAGGGGCUGCAGAACGGGGACACGGUGAUGAGCGAGACCAGCUUGCAUUCAUCCACAGGAGGCCAGCAUCACUAUCACUAUGACACCCACACCAAUACCUAUUACCUGAGGACUUUUGGCCACAACACCAUCGAUGCUGUGCCCAACAUCGAUUUCUACCGGCAGACAGCAGCCCCGCUGGGGGAAAAGCUCAUCAGACCCACCCUGUCGGAGCUGCACGACGAGUUGGACAAGGAGCCAUUUGAGGAUGGGUUUGCAAACGGUGAUGAGCUGACCCCGGCUGAGGAGGCUGCUGCUAAAGAAGCAGCAGAGUCCAAAGGAGUGGUCAAAUUUGGCUGGAUUAAGGGGGUGCUGGUCCGCUGCAUGUUGAACAUUUGGGGUGUGAUGCUCUUCAUCCGCAUGUCAUGGAUCGUGGGUCAGGCUGGAAUUGCUCUCUCCUGUUUGAUUGUUACCAUGGCUACCAUAGUGACAACCAUCACCGGCCUCUCCACCUCUGCCAUUGCCACCAACGGAUUUGUACGAGGAGGUGGAGCAUAUUACUUGAUUUCGAGGAGUCUGGGCCCAGAGUUCGGAGGCUCUAUUGGUCUGAUCUUUGCCUUCGCCAAUGCAGUGGCUGUAGCCAUGUAUGUGGUGGGCUUUGCUGAAACUGUUGUGGAACUUCUUGCCGGUGUAGAUGCCAUCAUGAUGGAUGAAAUCAACGAUAUCCGAAUCAUCGGCACCAUCACAGUAAUCCUUCUCCUGGGUAUCUCUGUGGCAGGAAUGGAAUGGGAGGCCAAGGCACAGAUCUUCUUGCUCAUUGUUCUCAUCACAGCCAUCAUCAACUACUUCAUCGGAACCUUCAUUCCUGUCAAGACAAAGGAAUUUGUGGGCUUCUUUGGCUAUGACGGUUCAAUCAUGUGGGAAAACAUGGGUCCAGACUUCCGUGGUGGUGAGACGUUCUUCUCCGUCUUCUCGAUCUUCUUCCCUGCAGCCACUGGUAUUCUGGCCGGAGCCAACAUUUCAGGAGACCUUGCUGAUCCACAGCUGGCCAUUCCCAGAGGAACCCUUCUGGCCAUAUUGAUCACAGGAUUAGUCUACCUGGGUGUUGCUGUUUCCACAGGCUCCUGUAUUGUGAGAGACGCCAGUGGAAAUUUGAAUGACACAAUCAGUUCUCAGUUCAUGAUGAACUGCACUGAUGCUGCCUGCAAAUUUGGCUAUGACUUCUCUACCUGUAAGAAUGAAAAAGUUGGCUGCCGCUAUGGACUCCAUAAUGACUUCCAAGUGAUGAGCCUGGUUUCUGGUUUUGGGCCCAUCAUCACUGCUGGAAUUUUCUCUGCCACUCUAUCCUCAGCUCUGGCCUCUUUAGUCAGUGCACCUAAAGUUUUUCAGGCUUUAUGUAAGGACAACAUCUACCCCGGCCUGGGCAUGUUUGCCAAAGGCUAUGGCAAGAACAACGAGCCCCUCCGAGGCUACAUACUGACCUUCGGUAUUGCUCUGGCCUUCAUCCUCAUCGCUGAGUUGAACAUAAUUGCCCCCAUCAUCUCCAACUUUUUCUUGGCAUCAUAUGCCUUGAUCAACUUUUCUGUGUUCCAUGCCUCACUGGCUAACUCACCAGGUUGGCGUCCCAGCUUCAAAUACUACAACAUGUGGGUUUCUCUUGCUGGAGCUAUACUGUGCUGUGUAGUGAUGUUUGUCAUCAACUGGUGGGCUGCUCUCCUGACCAACGUCAUUGUUCUGGGUCUUUUUAUCUAUGUCAGCUACAAGAAGCCAGAUGUGAACUGGGGCUCAUCAACCCAGGCUCUGACCUACCACCAGGCCCUGACCCACACUCUGCACCUCAGCGGAGUGGAAGACCACAUCAAGAACUUCAGACCCCAGUGUUUGGUGAUGACUGGGUACCCCAACUCUCGUCCAGCUCUUCUGGACCUGGUUCACAGCUUCACUAAGAACGUAGGCCUAAUGAUCUGCGGUCACAUUCGCACGGGCUACAGAAGGCCAAACUUCAAAGAUCUGGCCACAGACCAGGCCCGGUACCAGCGCUGGCUGCUGAAGAAUGAGACCAAGGCCUUCUACACACCAGUGUUCGCUGAGGACAUGAGACAGGGCACACAGUACCUGCUCCAGGCUGCUGGCUUGGGUCGCCUGAAGCCAAACACGCUGGUACUGGGUUUCAAGAACGACUGGAGGGACGGCGAUAUGAUGAACGUAGAGACUUACAUCAGUAUGAUCCACGAUGCCUUUGACUUCCAGUUUGGUGCUGUUAUUCUGCGACUGAAAGAGGGACUGGAUGUGUCCCAUAUCCAAGGACAAGAUGAGUUGCUGUCCUCCCAGGAGAAGUCUUCGGGGAUGAAAGAUGUGAUCGUGUCCAUAGACACCAGCAAAGACUCUGACGCUGAUUCAUCCAAGCCAUCCUCCAAGGCCACCAGCCUCCAGAACAGUCCGGCUAUACAGAAAGAUGACGAUGAUGAUGGCAAAGCUACAACUCAGCCCCUGUUGAAAAAAGACAAGAAGAGCCCAACUGUACCACUGAAUGUGUCUGACCAGAGGCUGCUUGAGGCCAGCCAGCAGUUCCAGAACAAACAAGGAAAGGGCACAGUGGAUGUUUGGUGGCUGUUUGAUGAUGGAGGUCUGACCCUGCUGAUUCCCUACCUACUGACCAACAAAAAGAGGUGGAAGGACUGCAAGAUCCGCGUCUUCAUUGGAGGCAAGAUCAACAGGAUUGAUCAUGACCGCAGAGCGAUGGCCACUCUGCUGAGCAAGUUCAGAAUAGACUUCUCAGACAUCACUGUGCUGGGAGACAUAAACACUAAGCCCAAGAAGGAGCAUGUGUCGGCCUUUGAUGAGAUGAUUGAGCCGUAUCGGCUAAAGGAAGAUGACAUGGAGCAGGAGGCUGCUGAGAGGCUGAAGAACAGCGAACCCUGGAGGAUCACUGACAAUGAGCUGGAGCUGUACCGCGCCAAGACAAAUCGUCAGAUCAGACUCAAUGAGCUGCUGAAGGAGCACUCGAGCACAGCCAACCUCAUCGUCAUGAGUCUGCCAUUGGCCAGGAAGGGCGCAGUGUCCAGUGCUCUGUACAUGGCCUGGCUGGAGGCUUUGUCCAAGGACCUGCCGCCCAUCCUCCUGGUGCGCGGCAACCACCAGAGUGUCCUCACCUUCUACUCUUAAAUACACACAUGGAGUAGAAAAUCCAAGUUUUUAAGUCUCACAUCCACUUCUUCCUCUGAGAGCAGACCCACAUACCAGUUACAGUCCAAAACUAAAGGUGCACCACAUACACUCGAGAGAUGGUAGAAAACACAGCCACUGAUGGAAACAGUGUUGGUAAUGUGAAUAAAGAUAAAGGAAGUGAUAUUGGUUGAGAUGUGUAAAAGCCCCACAAGUGAUGGAGGAAUGUCAGGGUUGGGGGGUAGUUGUAAGGUUGUCCACUCUGCUCCUUUAUUUCGAUUUAUUCCAAGAUGUCUGUUUUUUUCUCUUGUAGCUCUGGUUUCCUCUAAAUUCCUCAUGAAAAUUUCAUUUUUGAUAAAGUUGAUUUCUCUCAGGCUCCAAAGCAGUCGUGCACAAUGUUCAUGUUGUUCUCAUGAUAUGGAAUAUCUUGAUGUCAUACUUGUUAAGUUAAUUGGACCAGUUGUGUUUGUGAUGCAGCAAUAAUCACCCUGUUGUUUUCCUUAAAUAUUGAGAGAGAACCAUGCAGAAUGCUUUGCAACACCUUCUUAAGCCUUAUGGAUGUGCCUUCCAGUUGAAUCAGAUGAAAUAAUUAUAAUCUCUAUCCAGAUUGACAAUAUUACCUAUUAUAUUGGUGGAUAAUAGUUAGUUUUAUUGAGUUUUAAAUGUGAUUCCUUCUCAGCUGGAGCAUCGUAUUUAUGCGAGUGGAUUGCAUGAAUUUAAUGAAGGGUGUCAACUUGAUUUCAUAAAGACUUUUCCAUUUCACUUUCUCUCUCUUACCCUAAUCAACAUGUUUAUUUUGGGUUUUUAUUUUUUAUUCACUUUUGAGUCUUCCUUUUUUAAGCAGUUGAAUAUUUACGAUUCGACACAAGACACAAUUUAUCUUUUUGGCACAGUGCCUAAAAAUGUUUUUAUGGGUCUUAAAUUUAAGAUCUUGUUGUUUGUCAGAAAAAGAUGUGAACCUAGUUUUCCAUUAGCCUUGUCAGGUGGAAAGACUAUCUCUCUCAUGUAGCUGCUGAUCGACUAAAUUAAGUCUUUCUUUCAACAAGUUUUGUGUUUCUGUGUCCACAUGUACGGUUUUUCUCCUGUAAAGAAAAUGCUCUUCAC